AUGUUCUGCUUGCCAAAGCAAUCAUUUUCAUCCCGAACUGUGCUACAUGCCAAAUGGAUUAAGUGUAGUAAUGCGCAAUGGGGCAUGACAGGUGCCGUCUCUUCCUGUCUGUGGGGUUGCAAAACUCAUCUCGUUCUCGGUGCCACAGCUUGCAUUGGGGCAAUUGGAGUGAUCAUUCGGGCUUACCUUCGUAAAUCCCGCCUUCCUCCUUCUCCUCCCACUUGGCGACUUCGAGGACACUUCCUACCCCCUCACAACACAUCUCUCACUGUAGCGCAGUGGAUUGACGAGUACGGCCCUCUCGUUACUGUUCACUCAGGAAUCCAGACAAUAUAUUGUGAUUAUCGGCCGCCACAAAGACUCAACACCCCGUGGCAGGCCGCGGUGGACAUAAUGGAGAAACAGGGUGGACUGCUAGCUGAUCGACCUCACCUUGUUGCUGGAGAAAUUCUUACAUGCGGACUGGCCACCGUUGUGUCACACGCUGGGGAAAGGUUCCGUCGGAAGCGCAGCCCAAAUCAGCUGAGGCGUAGUCAGCCUCUGCAGGUGUCACAUGCAAAGGACAUGGUCCUCAACAUUCUUGACGAUCCAUACAACUUCCAGAACCACGCGGCAACGCAAGUGUUGUUCUACUUUUAUGCUGCAGCGACCAUCAUGAAAGUCACAUAUGGGAAGACCACGCCGACGUCCGCAACUGACCCCGAAGUCAAAGAGGCUUGCCAGCUCAUCACGAGGUUUCGUACAAUCCUGCGCCAUGGUUAUUACUUGGUGGACUCGAUACCGUGGCUCAAAUACCUUCUUUGGUAUGCGCCAGAAUUAAAGGAUGAGUCCGAGAGGAUCAAGCGACUCUACACAGACCAGCUGAACCACGUGAAACAGCAAAUACAGAUCAAUGUGGACGUUAGCCCUUCGUUUGCAAAACACAUUCUUGAAAAUGGGCAUUUCUAUAGCUUGACAGAGAUUUAG